UGGUGAUGACAGGCAAGAGUCUUCUGAUGAAGACCCCGAGAGAGAGUUUAGUGUGACUGAAAAGCCACGUGCUACAGGAACCCUGGGUAUCAAAGCAAAGCCAGCAGUCAAAGCAAAGCCAGCUGUCAAAGCAAAGCCACUGUCGAAGCAAAAUCUAUUGUUGUCAAGAAGAAGUCUGCGAGAAAACCAGUUAUUGAAAGAACUAAUACUUCGGAAAUGCCUGAAGCGACUGGGAAUGUGGGUACUGGGGGGAAGUUCGUUACUGUCAAGAAGUCUGUUCUAGCUAAACGGACGUCUGUCGAUCCAGCAGGAACCAAGAGCAAACCAGGCCCGCAUGUUUCUCUCCAGCAGUCGCCGUUCUACAAUACCACCACGGCAGGUCCUCCGCCAGUCAAGUGCACUGAAGCAGGGCUUCUGCCUUUGGCCAGACGAAUGACCAACAUUCUGGAACCCAGACGCGCCACUAGGAGAACGACCGCAGCCAAAAGCGCCAGUAAGGCCGAGUCGCCCAUUUCCCUGCGCGGUGAGAGGGCCGACAUUUUCAGUCAAGACAACCUGGAUGCAGCCAGCGGAUUGGCGGGCCUCGCUGGUCUUGCCAGCACGGACAUUUUUGAAAUAGGCAGCGCCGAUAUGGCGCCGGCCGUAAAACCGCCACAGACCGACAUGAAAGAACCGGAACUGCAAAUGCAAAUACCACCGCCAUCGGCGCCGCCCGUGAGUUCCGUGGCAGACUGUGCUUUGAUGAGCCUGGAGUCAGACUCCGACUCGGACUUCGAACGGCUCCUUGCCUCUGCGCCGAAGUCGGCAACCAAAAAGUACACGAAGAAGCGAACCUUCUAGCCGUUGCAGCACUCGCUUCCCAAUGCACCUUUUAAUGAUACAUGAGCUUUUGUAUGAUUGUUGUAGUUCCCCUUCUGGUGAUAACUCUAUUAACACCUGAGAAUCUUGGGCCUUUGUCGA